CCUCGAUGAUCUUCAGAUGCAACGCGUAGCCGUCUCUGAAUCUGAAUUAUCGUUUUGGGUUCCAGUGCGAUGGAUCAGAUUUGAUUAUCCGCUUAGUCUUGGAUGAUAGAUCUUGUAGUCUCGUGACCUUCUAGGUGUCGGCAUUUUGGACUGCGCAGUUGGGAUGUCUUCAGCUCAGGACCCGUUUUAUAUUGUCAAGGACGAGAUUCAGGAUUCGAUUGAUAAGUUGCUUUCGACAUAUCACCAAUGGGAACGGAUACCUUCUGAUACGGGAGAGCAACAUCAUCUGACCAAAGAGCUUCUUUCUGGAUGUGAAAGUAUUGAAUGGCAGGUGGAUGAAUUAGAGAAGACAAUCGCAGUUGCAGCUAGAGAUCCUUCUUGGUAUGGUAUUAAUGAAACAGAGCUUGAUAAACGAAGAAGAUGGACCAGCAAUGCUCGUACUCAGGUGCAAAAUGUGAAGAGAACUGUAGCUAGUGGAAAUGAGUUGAAUGGCACAAGCACCUCAAAUAUCAAUGGAUUGCGGAGGGAACUUAUGAGACUCCCUGAUCCCCACCAAGCUGAUAAAUCAGCUCACUAUGCUACCCAGCACAAUGAUGAUUUCAUAUCAUCAGAAUCAGAUAGACAACUUCUUCUGAUGAGGCAACAAGAUGAAGAGCUAGAUGAACUCAGUGCUAGUGUGCAAAGAAUUGGAGGUGUCGGGCUCACGAUUCAUGAAGAGCUCCUUGCGCAGGAGAAGAUUAUAGAUGAAUUGGGCACAGAAAUGGACAGCACAACAAACCGACUCGAUUUUGUUCAGAAAAAAGUUGCCAUGGUUAUGAAGAAGGCUAGCUUAAAAGGGCAAAUCUUGAUGGUUGUGUUCUUACUCGUUCUGUUUAUAAUCCUAUUUGUGCUUGUCUUCCUCACAUAGAGAGCUCGAAAAUUAUGAAACUGAGAACGAGAAUUCUGGGUUACAAUAAAAAAAAUGCUUUGCUUUCUGACUGUAAAUGGAAUAUUUGCCGGAUUAAAGAGAUCCUUGAACUUGGGAACAGACACCGUAUACUGGUUGUGGUUGGGAUUCUGUGAUUUAAUUUUUCUUUAAUGUGAUAGUUUUGUGGAUUUCAGUUUUGGUUGUAGACGUUAAGCUUGCCCGUUGGUAUCUAUCACUUUGAUCUGUUGAUAA